UGUGAACAAGCCAAGCAAGUUAAGCAGCAAUCGUUGAAAAACUUACUGAAGCCUGCUAGCAUUCCGCCACUUGUGAUUGGUGUGUUGUUGCAAGUCUUUCAGCAAUUUACUGGAAUCAACGCUAUUAUGUUUUACGCGCCUGUUCUGUUUCAGACUAUGGGAUUCAAGGCAAAUGCCUCGCUUCUAUCCUCUGUCAUUACUGGAAUUGUUAAUGUUGGAAGCACAUUCGUUUCGAUCUACCUUGUUGACAAGGUUGGAAGGAGAAAAUUGCUCCUUCAAGCUUGUUGUCAGAUGUUAAUUUCUCAGUUGGCAAUCGGAGCAAUUUUGGUAACAAGUUUGUCGGAGACAGGAACGUUGAACAGGACACUUGCAGCAAUAGUGGUGCUGCUUGUGUGUACGUAUGUAAUGUCGUUCGCGUGGUCAUGGGGACCUCUUGGUUGGUUAAUUCCUAGUGAGACAUUCCCAUUGGAAACAAGGACAACUGGUUUUGCAUUCGCGGUCAGCACAAACAUGCUCUUCACUUCUAUCAUUGCACAACUUUUCUUGACUAUGCUUUGCACUAUGAAAGCCUAUAUUUUCUUCUUUUUCUCUGGAUGGAUCGUUGUCAUGGGAUUAUUCGUCUACUUCUUCUUGCCUGAAACGAAGGGAGUUCCGAUUGAUUCCAUGGUCGAAAGAGUGUGGAUGCAGCACCCUAUUUGGAAGAGAUUAUUCUAG